AUGAAGAACAAAAAAUUGUCAACCCACCAGAGCGGGAACAAGAAACAUCACUCAUGCGAAACAUUGAAUCUUUUGACCGGAGAUACUAUCCUAAAGGCCAUGGAUGGGAAAUUGGUUACUGCACUGAUUCUAAUAGAUCUAUCUAAAGCUUUCGACAGUGUAAAUCAUACUUUUCUCCUUACAAAACUUAGCAACGUCGGAGCUUCUCCAAGCGUUGUAAAAGGGUUUGAGAGUUACUUGACCGGAAGAACUCAAUCAGUCAGAAUUGGAUCAACUGUGUCUACUCCUCUCCCUGUUUCUUAUGGUGUACCACAGGGUGCAAUUUUAUCACCUUUACUUUUUAGUAUUUAUACUAACGAUUUGCCCUCAUCAGUCCACCAUAGUAAACUUGAAUCGUACGUGGACGACUCCAAGAUAUUACUAUCUUUCACUGUGGCUAACGUGGACUGUUUAAAGCAACAACUUGAGGAAGACUUGUAUUUGAUUGCAAACAGUUGUUCCGAAAAUGAAUUGCUUAUUAACCCGGGAAAGACCAAAUACAUGCUGAUUGGCACACGGCAAAACCUACAACAACUUCCCGUAGAUAUGACCAUAAACUUCCUCAACGAGACUAUUACCCCCGUCUCCUUUGCCAAAGAUCUAGGAAUGACAAUCGACUCUUAUUUGACAUAUGACCAGCACAUCACCAACCUGGUUUCCUCAUGUAUGAAUUCCCUGUGCCAAAUAAACCGAGUCAAAAAAUGUUUCGAUAAAGAAGCUUUAACUCUCAUCGUCUCGGCACUUGUAAUGAACAAAAUGUUCUAUUGUUCAACGGUUUGGUCAAACACUUCGUCUACCAACAUUAAGAAACUACAGUUGGUACAAAAUUUUGCAUGCAGGAUAAUAACAAAUAUUGGAAAGUUCGACCAUAUUUCGCCGGGCUUACGCGAACUUAACUGGCUCCCAGUAAAGGAACAAUUACUACUAAGAGAGGCUAUUAUGAUGUACAAAUGUGUCAAUGAACUUGCUCCACAUUAUUUGAGCGAUUUAUUCACAAAACGUUCUGACAUUCAUCAACGAGAUACACGUAGCCAUGACUCACUGCAAAUACCAUUGUACAAAACUUCUGCAGGUCAAAGGUCCUUUCAUUAUAGAGGCGUUACACUCUGGAAUGAUUUGGACAUUAAGUUCAAAAAGUUAGACUCCCUAAAAACUUUCAAAAACGAACUGAAGCGAAGCAUGCUAGAACAAAUAUAUAAGUAG